CGGUGACAUGAAUAAAUGACGAAAGGAUUUCGGCCGUUGAGAAUAAUGGGGGAAGCGUAAGCGUUCGAGAGGGCCACAGACAUUUUGCCGAAACCACUGUUUAGUUUCGAAGAAGAAGAAGAAGAGAGGUAAGAGCAAUGCUAUCGUUGUCAUCUUCCGUUUCCAGGGCCUUCCGUUUAUUCUCUCCCCAAAACCCUUCUUACGUAAACGUCAAUUCAAAACCCGCCAAUCAUCUGUCACUUUCUUCCGCCGCCUCCCUCCGUAUUCCGCACAUCUCCUCUUCGCAUUUGCCCGCAGCAAUCGAACCCGACCAUAAUAACCGCUCGAUUUCAUCUGUUGCGCUUCCUUCGCUCGAUUUUGCGGACGUCCUCUUCUUCAAGUCUCCCUGCAAUGUUGAGAUCAUUGUCGACGAGGACGAGCCGGAAGAGAGUCUCGUUGGUCGCUUCCGCCGAGAGGUAAUCAGGGCAGGAGUUCUCCAGGAAUGUAGAUACCGGAGGUUCUUCGAGUCUAAUCAGGAGAAGAAGAAACGCAAAUCUCGUAAUGCUGCCAGGCGCAACCGGAAAAGGCGCUUCCAACCAAGAUUUCAACAAGGGGCAAUGGAUAAAACUCAGGAGGAGGAGGGUGGUUAUAAAUCAGAUGAAGAUAACUGGGACUUCAGUGAUUACGAACUGCCGUAUGCUUAAACAGAGGUCUCUGAAAACUUAGGGCAACAUGCUUAUUAUUAUAAUUCCAGCAGUUUGUCAGGAGAAAGGCAGCCCACUUGGAGAUCUACUCAAUUGUCAUACCUAUGGAAUGUGCUGUGCUUCACUUUCGAUGGCGGUAUGGAUACUUUUUUUUAUGGAUUUGACAGAAAUACUUGCUUUUUAGUACAAUGGGAAUCAAUAGUGAAUCAAAUGAUAAUGCCUAUUUCUAAUUAAGUAAACUAUGAGUGUGAAGUGUGAUGCUUUGAUACGUAGAGGAGAGCAAAUCAGGAAGUUUCUGAUUGGUGAUGCUGCUCCAGUUCAUGUGAUACAGAGGUGUACAAUUAACUUCGGGAUGAAAAGCAUAUAUCAUGAGAUGCUUUCAAGGAAGAUCAAUCUGAAGAGCAUAUUAACACCUUCAACCACUGGAGAUGUAUGUAAACUUCUUUUUCCAUGGCAUUGUCCUGAUGAGAAAAUCAGUCCCAAUUAGGAUCUAAUCUCACUAAACAUGAUAAAAUUCAUAGAAUCAAACAAUAAGAACACUAACCGGUUGAGGAGAAACCGAAUGUUGAUGGUGUCGUAGAAGACGAUGAAGCCAUGACGUUUUGAUUCUCUAAGGAUACAAGCGGAUUUCGAUGGAUUAAACGAUUCUCCCUUGGGUCUCUUAUUAUUAUAGGUGUUCUUGAGACCCUUGGGAAUGAACGUGUACGUUCGUUUAGUCGUAAGAAUUGAAUGGGCGGAUGCCUUUUAUAUUUUGUAUCAAAGAGAAACCCAUUUGAUCCCUUAUGUAUUAUUUAAUGUUAAAACAUACCCAUCAUAUGUUAACUAUACAUAAAU